AUGAGAAAUAAGGUUCCGCUGGAUUGGCUAGAUCCAAGUGAGAAGCGUCGGGCUGCGAUUGCAAUUUUGCGCUUCAAUGCUACAGAUAGAAAGGAUUACAAGGGCCCUGUAUUUAUCAAUCCAGGUGGGCCAGGUGGAUCUGGUAUCUGGUUUGUGAAGCACUUGGGUCCUUACUACCAAUCUGUUGUCGGCAAGAACCAUGACAUCAUCAGUUUCGAUCCUCGUGGUGUCGGCGCCUCAACCCCUCGCAUUUCAUGCUGGGAAGACAUUCAAGAUUCUAAAAUAUGGAAUUUUAAAGAUGUAGACGUGCUUGACGCUCAUCCAGGAAGUCUGUAUGAUGCAUACGCUCAUGCUGCAGCAUCCUCACAGCAGUGUGCUUCUAUUCUCCAACCUUCCACAGAAUCUGAUUUGGGGGUUGGAAGUUUCGUCUCCACUGCAUCGGUGGCAAGGGAUAUGCUUGAGAUCAUGACGAAAGUUGGUGAAGAAAAGUUGAAAUACUGGGGCUUCAGCUAUGGGACGUACUUGGGAGCGACGUUUGCUGCUAUGUUUCCGGACAAAGUCGGCAGAAUGGUAAACGAUGGGAACGUAGAUGCCGUGGAAUAUUCUGCUGGACGUGGAAUCCAUUUCAUCCAGGAUGCUGAUAAAAUCAUGGCUGCUUUCUACCACUUCUGUCACGUUGGUGGUCUGGAGCUGUGCGCCUUUUAUCUAGAUUCAGAGAAAGAUAUUGAGACCAGGCUUGCACAAUUGCUAGAACAUAUCAGGAAAAAUCCUGUUGUUGUGCCAGGCACGGCGUCUUCGAGCGGGAGGCCACAGAUCGUCUCAUACUCGAAGGUGAAGAGGAUGAUUGGCAGCACGCUUUAUCGGCCGCUUGUCAUGUUCCCUGCUCUUGCCGACGCCCUUGCUGCUCUUGAAAAGGGGGAUGGAACAGUUUUCUUGGAACUCGCCACCCAGAAGCUCGAUGAUCCAUUGCUUUGUGAAACACGGUACAGCGUACAAGAGGGCGGGGACCCAACAGAUCCCACCCCUGAGACGCCAGAAGCCGAGGCAAGCGAGGAUGCUGGAACCACGAUCCUUUGCUCAGAUGGUGGUUGGAUGAAUGAUACCGUUGAUGAAUUUGGAUCGUAUGUUGAUGGGUUGAUGAUAAGGAGUAAGAGUGUCGGUGCGAUCAUGGCGGAAAUGAGGUUAGAAUGCGUGCAUUGGAGUGUGCAGGCAAAGUGGAAGUUUGAUGGACCUUUUGAAGGCAACACAAGCCACCCAAUCCUUUUCAUCGCCAACAGAGCAGAUAACGUAACUCCUCUUCGGAGUGCUCAAAUGAAUGCGAAGGGAUUUCCAGAUUCCAUAAUCCUGGUGCAGAAUGGAUACGGGCACACGUCCCUCUCGGCGCCUUCCAAAUGCACCGCGAAGAUCAUUCGAGCAUACUUCCAAAAUGGAACACUGCCCGCCCCAGACACAGUCUGCGAGCCAGACCUGACCCCAUUUGAGCCGUACAAUGUCACAAGCUCCAUCACGGAAAGUUGUGAUGACCACGAACUGAAUGUUGCUCUUCUCGAAUUGAUGAAAGCACCCGUCGUGGGUGCGUGA